AUGUUCUAUGUAAGACAGAUGCAGGAAAGGAUAACGCUGGAGCCAAAAUAUCUGGGGAAAAAGCUCGACGAGAUUGUGCGGAAAAAGCUAAUCUCAGAGGUGGAGGGCAAGUGUCUGGCUGGGUGCGGAUAUAUUAUAAGCAUAAUAUCGAUAGACAGCCUGUACACCACCGAGGUAGAUGCCACCACCGGAGCAGGGACGUUUUUGGCCGAGUACUCUGCCCUAACUCUGUGCCCGAAAAAAGACGAGGUGGCCAACGCGGUAGUCCACGAAAUAAACAAGAUGGGGAUGUUCUGCUUCAUAGGCCCCUUCUACGUCUUCAUUAGCACACAUCAAAUCUCUGGGCAGUUCAUAGAGGCGGGCGCGCACUCCAGCAUAAUACAGCACGACGGAGGCUCUGCAAUUGUAAAGGACAGCGUGGUUAGGCUAAAGCUAAUUGGCGUGAAGGUAGAGCCCACAAAAAUAUUUGGAGUGGGCACCAUAAACGACGACUACCUAGGAAACAUCCAGUAA